AUGGGUGACCAAGUGAUCAGCUUCCUCAAGGACUUUUUAGCUGGUGGGAUUGCUGCAGCUAUUUCUAAGACUGCUGUUGCCCCCAUUGAAAGAGUCAAACUGCUGCUGCAGGUUCAGCAUGCCAGCAAGCAGAUUGCAGUUGAGGCACAAUACAAGGGUAUCAUUGACUGCGUGGUCCGUAUCCCCAAGGAACAAGGUUUCAUUUCCUUCUGGAGAGGCAAUCUUGCUAAUGUCAUCCGUUAUUUCCCAACACAAGCUCUCAACUUUGCCUUCAAGGACAAGUACAAGCAGAUCUUUUUGGGGGGUGUAGACAAGCACACUCAGUUCUGGAGGUUCUUCGUUGGUAAUCUGGCAUCUGGUGGAGCAGCUGGUGCUACCUCCCUGUGCUUUGUCUACCCACUGGAUUUCGCCAGAACCCGUCUGGCUGCUGAUGUAGGCAAAGGUCCAAGCCAGAGAGAAUUUAGUGGCCUUGGAGACUGCUUAACCAAGAUCUGGAAGUUAGAUGGUUUUAAAGGUCUCUACCAAGGAUUCAAUGUGUCUGUCCAGGGUAUUAUCAUUUACAGAGCAGCUUACUUUGGUGUCUAUGAUACUGCUAAGGGUAUGCUGCCAGAUCCCAAGAAUGUGCACAUUAUCGUGAGCUGGAUGAUUGCUCAAUCUGUCACUGCUGUAGCUGGUCUGGUUUCCUAUCCCUUUGACACUGUCAGACGUCGUAUGAUGAUGCAGUCUGGCAGGAAAGGAGCUGAUAUCAUGUACAAGGGAACAAUUGACUGCUGGAAGAAGAUUGCUAAAGAUGAAGGAUCUAAAGCCUUCUUUAAGGGUGCCUGGUCCAAUGUAUUGAGAGGCAUGGGCGGUGCAUUUGUACUCGUACUGUAUGAUGAAAUCAAGAAAUAUGCAUAA